AUGGCCUCUUUGGGGCUUGCUUACCUUGAGGACUCGGAUUCCGAGUCCAAUACCGAUCCCGAUAUCAAUCCAGACACCCAAUCCAACCCGCCCAGCGCCCAGCCAGAGCCUGAUUCCCUCAUACAGCCGCUUCCACCCUCUACACAGCCGACAUGCGCGAUCACGAUGGCGCUACCGCCCACCGAUCGUACAUACGCGACCUCCGAUGAAGCAAAGGAUGCUAUCAACGACUUCGCACGCCCACAUGGGUAUGCGGUUACGAUCCGCCGGUCUAAGACUACCAAAAGGGGGGUAAAGAAGACAGUCCGGCUUAUCUGUGAUCGUGGUCGGAGGCCAGAUGCAUGUGAGCAUCGGCCUCAACCGAAGAAGCGAAUCAAUACCAAUACUAUGGCGUUAGAAUGCCCCUUCUCUAUGGCUCUGCGGCGAGACCACGGAACAGGUCUUUGGCAUGUCACAAUCGAGAACCCGUCCCAUAACCACCAACCAUCUCCUGCUUCAACGCACGCUGUACAGCGAACCCGAGAGCUUACCAAUAAAAGAGAGCAGAUUGUUACUGCGCUUCGAUUGGGUCGUACUACUCGUCAGAUCAUGGCCGAAUUGCAUGAGGCUGACCCCGACACUGCUAUCAUUCCACGUGAUAUUUACAGCACCCGGUUCAGAUUGAAACAGUUGUUUCCUGUAAAGCAUACCAAAUCAAAGAAAUAA